AUAAUGGUUUCCAUUCAUCCGAUUCAAUUUCCCUUCCGAGCGGUGCGAGUUCAUUUCAACUGUGAUCUGAUGUUUGAAGGAACACAUAACUAGCUACAACAGGAAACCUGAGAGUAUUUAGGGUGACAUUUCAUGAAAUCACAAUUAAUGUUGACGAUGAAGGCCGGACCAAUUGGCAGGAUUUUAUACUUUGUUUCAAGUUUGAAUCUCACCUGUUUGCAAUCUUUUAUUGGCCGACGAUUCAUUGACAGCACUAGUUGGCGUGUUUUGGACAUCAAAAUUUUUUUCAAAUCCAAACACACAUAUAUUUCAAGUCAAUGUAAUGGCCCGCCCCUGCAAUCAUUAUUAUCUUCUCCUGCUCAAGCAGUAAUAAAACCACGCAGUAGCAUGACUAGUCUCCCAGCUUUGAACAAUUUAUCUAUCAGCGGAAAUUAAUUCAGCUGAUUACGCUGCUGCUCUUCCCAGCCAACUGAUGUUCCAAAAAUUUGACCAAAUGGCAACAAUUCCUCAUCAACCCCGACUCGACGAUGCUGAUGCUGAUACUGAACCCGAGCAUUCGAUUUACAGCGAUGAGCUGAAGCCAACCACAUCCCACCAGCGCAGUUUUUCUUGGUUGGAAAUGGGCAGUUUGUGGGUGGGACUCGUGGUUGGAGUGCCGGCCUACUACGUGGCUGGAAGCUUAGUAGAGCUGGGGAUGGCGUGGUGGCAAGGGAUUCUCACCGUUGUUUUAGCCAACAUGAUCUUAUUAAUCCCGUUAAUCCUCACAGGAUAUGCCGGCACGCUUUACGGCAUAUCAUUUCCGGUCUUGGCUCGAUCAUCUUUUGGCAUUCGCGGAGCCCACGUCCCCGCUCUUCUUAGAUCACUGAUUGCCUGCGGUUGGUAUGGGAUUGAAACAUGGAUUGGAGGUCAGGGAAUCUUUCUUCUCUUGCCUCAAACCGCCAAAGAAUCGGCCUUGUCAAAAGCUUUGCCCUGGUUAGGCACUUCCCCCCUUGAAUUUGGUUGUUUCGUAGUAUUUUGGCUAGCACAACUGGCCAUCUUUUGGUACGGGAUUGAUGGGAUCCGGAAGCUGGAAAAGUACGCUGCUCCAGUUCUAAUCAUAUUCGUCUCUUGCCUUCUCGUUUGGUCUUAUAUCCAGGCUGGUGGAUUCGGCCGCAUGCUCUCCUUAUCUUCGAGGCUCUCACCUUCAGAGUUUUGGUCUCUUUUCUUCCCAUCAUUGACAGCAAAUAUAAGCUUGUGGGCUACUCUAGCGCUUAACAUUCCUGAUUUCACCCGGUACGCCAAGAGCCAAAAAGAUCAGAUCAUAGGACAAGCAGGGCUUCCAAUUUUUAUGGGUGCAUUUUCAUUUGUCGGCCUGGCAGUAACUUCAUCAACCGAAGUGAUAUUUGGCCGCGUGAUCUCCAACCCGAUUCAACUUCUGGGCGAAAUUGGCGGCGGAUUCUGGAUCAAGAUUGUUGCUGUUCUAGGCAUAAGCCUUGCGACAGUCACAACCAACAUCGCCGCUAAUGUCGUUGCUCCUGCAAAUGCGCUAGUCAAUCUAAGUCCUUCAACGUUUACCUUUCAAAGGGGGGCUCUGCUGACGGCAGUUCUUGGAAUUGCCUUCCAACCAUGGAGGGUCUUUGGAUCGAGUGAGAGCUUUGUUUACACCUGGUUAGUCGGCUACUCUGCUUUGCUAGGACCCGUUGGGGGCGUAGUCUUGGCAGAUUUUUAUCUCAUUCAGAAUAGAAAUUUGAGUAUCAAGCAACUGUACUCACUGAAUCCUAGCGGGACAUAUUGGUAUUCAGGUGGAUAUAACUUAGCAGCAAUGACAGCUUUGGUUCUGGGGAUUCUACCGGUGAUUCCAGGUUUUCUCCACGAGGUUGGGCUUUUGAGAUCAGUCCCACAUACAUUGGCUUUAAUUUACGAUAAUUCUUGGUUUUUCGGGUUCUUUUCUGCUGGAAUUCUCUACUGCAUCAUUUCACUGUUCAAGGGAAAACAAAGUAAAGAUGGGCUAGAACCUCUCAUGCCUCCCAAGUCCAGUCCCUAGAGUUAACAACACUGUUGGCAUUUGCAUGUAAUCUGUAGCCAAACAAUUUGUGCACAUUAUCCUUCAAGAGAAAAAAAGAUCAUGGCGUUCAAUCUAAUACAUCUAUGACCUCUUUUUGAUACUCUCUUAUCUCACAACCCCCUAACACCCCACAAAAAAAAAGAAAAAGGAUAGAGAGAGUUUUUAUCUA